AUAAAAAAACUGAGAGUUGUUGCACAAGAUGUGAAGCUGUAUGAGAACGAUAUUAUGAAUCUUCGUUACACACAUGAUGAGCUUGAGUACAAAAAGUGGUAAUAAAAUAAUGAUAUUAUAAAACUUCGUGACAGAAUUCAUGAGCUUGAGGGUCAAAUUCGUUCUAAAGACAAGGAAGAUCAACUUAAAGUCCUCAGUCAGCAGGGAGUGAAAGAGCGUGUAGACCAGCAUGAUUAUGAAGACAAGGAACAUGAACAUAAAGACAUCAAGCAGCCGGUGUGUGGCCCGACAGAGGGUAACACCCAGGGUACUUCCCAGAAACUGGUAGCAGCUCCCAGAGAUGACUAUACUGCAGACAAAGGAACUCAUAUUGAAUGCAGGGACAGUAUUAUAAAACCUCGUGACAAGAUGCCUGGACUUCAGGACAUGGAAGAGGAAUGCAAAAUCCUCAACCGGCAUGGAAUCAAUGAGCUUCUGGACCAGCCUUAUUACAGAGACAAAGAAUAUGAACGUAAAAACAUCAAGCAGCCGGUGUGUACUCAAGCACAAGGUUACAUGCAGGAUACUCGCCCAGAACUGGCAGCAGCUCCUACAGAUGCCCACACUGCAUGCAAAGGCACCCGUGGUGAACGCAGGGAGAGAAUAUCUCCACCUGCCACACCCAAACAUACAGAUCUUAACAGAAAACGCCAUUGUCAGCAAUUUGGAAUGGCCUCCCAAAUUCAAGGCCUUGUAACACCAUUGAACAACUGGUCGGCUCCUGUCGACAAAGAGGGUCUGAACAAAUGUGAACGUGGACAAUUGAAACCCUUGCCAGGCAUUGGUGAAGGUCAUGAACUGAGCUAAUUGAUUUUAUGCUCAUAUUUAGUCGCUUGUGUAUUUGUUGUCCACGGCCCCCUCAAUUCUCCUCUUCCAUUCGGUACUCUGUUAGGUCCAUCUGUCCUGAGAUUUUGAUCGAGGUUUCGAAACAUCUUCCUUUUUACGGUGCAAGGUUGUUGGCCUUGCGACCAA